GUUAAUUUUAAAAAAGUAAUUAUUAAAAGUAAAUUUCCUUUCAGACCACACAACCAGAUCUUUUGAGAGAUGUGCAUAGCAAUCCACAGACUUUGGUAGACAUCUGCAUGAUUUGUAGUCCAGUGAAUCAUCUGCCCAGUAACCUUGAAGGUUUAUCAGCAUAAAAAGCAAGGCUGUUGUAAAGCAGGCUAUGGCAGUCGGGAUGAUGGCUCUCUCCGGUCUGAAACAUGUCCGAGGUCUGAUGAGUAAAGGACAGACGGUGCUGCUUACUCCUACGCGCCUCUGCCACAGCGGCCUCGUCUCCGAGCCGUGUCUCACACCACCAGUCUGCAGUGCGGCUGUGCGCAGCUUUAAUGAAAUCCCAGGCAACUGGAAAAGCAACUUUGGCAACUUGUAUCGAUUCUGGAAGACAGACGGGUUUAAAAAUCUGCACCACAUCAUGGUGGAGAACUUCAACACUUUUGGACCGAUUUACAGAGAGAAAGUUGGAUAUUAUGAAAGCGUGAACAUUAUACAGCCUGAGGAUGGUGCCAUCCUGUUUAAAGCUGAAGGACGUCAUCCCAAAAGGCUGAAGGUGGAAGCUUGGACAGCCUACAGAGAUUACAGGAAUCGCAAAUACGGAGUUCUGCUCAAAAGCGGAGAAGACUGGCGAGUUAAUCGUGUGAUCCUCAACAAAGAGGUGAUCUCUCCCAAAGUGCUUGGAAACUUUGUACCCUUGCUUGACGAAGUGAGCCAGGACUUUGUUGCCCGAGUGUUUAAGAAUAUCAAUAACAGCAGCAGUGGAAGGUGGACUACAGAUCUUUCUCAUGAACUUUUCAGAUUUGCUCUUGAAGCUGUAAGUCAUGUGUUAUAUGGUGAGCGCCUUGGCCUUUUGCAAGACCACAUCAACCCCGAUUCUCAAGAGUUCAUCAACAGCAUAACCCUCAUGUUCAAGUCCACCGUGCCUAUGUUGUAUAUUCCUCCUAACCUGCUGCGCCAACUUGGAGCCAAAGUAUGGAAUGACCAUGUAGCAGCCUGGGAUGCCAUUUUUAAUCAGGCUGACAAAUGCAUUCAGAAUAUUUACAGGACACUACGGCAUUCCCCUUUGCUUGACAAACGCUACCCAGGGGUGUUAGCCAGCCUCCUGCUACAGGACAAGCUCUCCAUUGAAGAGAUCAAAGCAAGCGUGACAGAGCUGAUGGCUGGUGGUGUUGAUACGACCUCUAUUACUCUGUUGUGGACUCUGUAUGAGCUUGCUAAAAACCAAGAAUUACAAGAAAAGCUGCGUGAUGAAGUUCAGACAGCUUGGAUAGCAACAAAGGGGGACAUGAUCCAGAUGAUCCGCUCAGUGCCUUUGAUAAAUGGAGCCAUCAAAGAAACAUUAAGACUGUACCCUGUGGCCGUGAGUGUGCAGAGAUACAUCGCCAAUGACAUUGUGAUUCAGAACUACAACAUCCCGGCAGGUACUCUCGUGCAGUUUGGACUCUAUGCAAUGGGAAGGAAUGGCAGCAUUUUCCCAAAACCAGAGAAGUACAAUCCAUACCGUUGGCUCAGGGGAGAGAAUCACUACUUUAAAAGUCUCAGCUUUGGUUUUGGUCCUCGGCAGUGUUUGGGACGCAGAAUUGCUGAAACAGAGAUGCAAAUCUUCCUGAUUCAUAUUCUUCGGAACUUCAGGAUAGAAAAACAAAGAUAUGUGGAUGUGAAGAGCACCUUUGAACUUAUCCUUAUUCCUGAAAAACCCAUUUUAUUGACCUUGCGACCUCUGUAAAGGAAAUUGUCACAGUGAUAAUGUACCCUUUAUGCCUUCUCAAAUGUAUUUUUUUGACUUUGAACAUAGUUGAGUCAAUUGUUCUGUAUCUAUUUAGUGAAUAUGCUAUCUUUACAUUCAGAAUGUGCACCUGCACAUCUCUUAUUCUCUCUACCCCAUAUAAGGCAUACUGUAUUUUUUGUAAAUAUACCCUGAACACAAAUUCAGUUAGCAGAAUAGCAACUUUUAUGUUUGCAUCCAUAUUUGCCUUCAAAUGCGGUUCUUAUUUUCUGAUCUCCAUAUGCAGUAUAGGUUUUGGUUUUCAUGUUCAGUGGCCAGGAAGUAUAGAGUUGACUUAAUAAGUAGACAGAUUAUCCAUUACAACCAUCAAAAUGUUAGCAUUACUAACUGUGAUUUUAACCUUAGCAGCAAACAUACUUUGCAAAGUGGCCAAAGGGGGUAUUCUGCUUUCACUUAUGUUGUAAGGGACAGAGAAUUGGGCUAUUUUUCAGGUUUUAUAUGAAUUCCUAUCAUUGUUUGUAUAUAUUUCUGACACCAGUACAUUUUUGCUCACAGUAACAUGAACAGCCAAGCAUUAACUAGUUUCAGCAUUCAAUUCUGUAAAAAUAAUGCUUAACAAGACAAGUCUGCUAUAACCUGGAAUUGAAAACUAGAAUACUGUGUUCUGAAGGGGAGAGUCACAGUUGAGUAAUCCUGUUUAUAAGGUGUACUGUAUAUAACAGGUGGAUGAAAGGAUAUUGCAAUGUUUUGAGAUCUGGAUUAUGUAUAGAUUAAACUAGUUCUUUAAAUUAUGCUUUUGGUUUCAUCUUCUCUUAAAGACCAACAGUAAUAGAAAGCUAAAACAAAUCCACUUAUUUCAAUGAAGGGUCAAAGAAAAUAGCUUGAAAAGGGUGUUGUAUUAACUUGACACACUUCAAUCCCAGCUUCUCCCACCACAGGAAAGGAAAAUGUGUUCAAAUUGAGGGUAUAUUUACAAAAGCAUAUUUUAUAUUAAGUAUAUGAGAAAGAGAGAGCAUGCAAUGUCUUUCUAAGUAGAUGAGUUUGUUGCAUCCUUACUGAACUCUG